ACCUUGCAAGUUCAGGCAGCUGGAGCAUGGCCUUUGGAAGAUGGUUGCUGUUAGCUCUAUUUCUGCACCUGCUGUGGACGCCAGCAUUGAGCAGCAUUGUGUCCAAGUCCAGUUUGAGCCAAUGCACAGCUUAUGGGAACUCUGAGCUGAGGAACAAUGUUGGAGCUGUCUGCAGUAAGAAGUUGGUGGUUGCCAUGGCCAUUACUGCAAAUGAGGGAGCUGCACAGAAAAUUGAAGCGAAGAUUGCUAAAGUUACUGACACAUCAGGGGAAGACAUUAAAAACUCUCAGCUGCAACACCCUCUCAGGAUUACCGUUAGAAAAUCACCAGUUUUGAUUAACUACAGGCUCUUCCAAGUUGGGGUUGUGGCAAACUACCCUCAUGAGUUAGUUAUACCAACUUCUCAUUGGAGAUGUAGAGAAGAUUGGUUUGCUUCUGAUCAUGAGCUGGUUUGUCCCAUCGUUAAUAAUCGAUUGGGGAAAAGAGUAUUUGACAGUCAGGGAAGAUGCUGCGGUUGCGGUGAGCACACUGAAUGGAGAGGGAGCUCUGUAGGAUGUGCCGGUCGUUAUAAUAAAUAUGUUGGCCACUGCCUGAGAUUUGAUAAAUUAGCGUGGUAUGUGUUUGGGCUGUACCCUCCUCAGCUGCAAUUCACGAUCAGUGUCUCUAUAGAGCGACUAGCUUACAGUCUAGCCAGUGAAGAGGAGGUGUGGGAGAGGAUCUCUAGGCUGGAGAUUGGCCCUCAUAAGAGAACAACAACCUCUCCAGAGUAUCAGGUCCGAGCAGAGUACGUUGCCGAUUUCAAUCCAAGUACAUUCGUGAAAACCACUUCACUUAGCACCAGAUACUUGCUGAUUCCCCAGACACUUCCAGUUUCUCGCCACAACUUAAAGCUCACCACCAUUGCAUAUGGAAUGCCUUUAGACGAAAUGCCAAAUAUCCAUAGAUUUGUACAGUCCCUCAAGAAUGCUACUGAGUGGAUGGUUGUGCCCAAACCGCUAUUCGAUUUUACCGGAAGGUCCUGUAAUAAGAUUGGGGUGGGCUAUUCUGCGUUCAGACACCAGCCUAGGAUGUGCACCAGUAGGUAUGGAAGUUGUCUGGACAAUCAGCCAUUUCUCCUUUGGAAACGAGAUAUUGAGCGUCAGAGAGCUAAGCGUCCUGGAGACUACAUGCUCUAUAACUACGGCAAGGUCCACUCUGUACCUCGCACAUCGGGUAUGACUGACUACCAAGUCAAUUUCAUUGCCGCUAACCCAGCCAAGAGUUUGAUCACUAUCUCAUUAGCUGCUGAUGAUAUAACUAUUGUGGAGCAUAAAUCUUACGGGAGGAUUGUUGAGGCAUACAUAGAGAGCUUUGAGUCAUUGUCUGCGACUGGUGUGCUGAAUAUCAUUAUCCAGAAUACUGGGAGAUACACAUCCGUGUUCAAUGUGUUUGUGUUGCAUUGCUCUGCUGGUAUCGAUUCAGUCCCUGCAAUCUCCGUGACCCUUGACCCUAAUCAGUUGUCCAAUGUCUCAUUUGUCAUCUACUCCUUCCAUGCCAUCGGGAAGGUCAACCACUGCAAAUUGGAGUUGGUUGGUUUAAAUGGGGAAUUGUUGGACAACAUGACAAUUACCUUUGAGACCCUUGACACUUGUUUCUGCUAUGGUUACUGUGGCUGUGCGUGCGGUGAUGCAAACACUACUUGUCCCGAAUCUACAGUAGCUAAAAAUGGAACCGGAUACAUUGAAGACAUUUGGGAGCAACCAAACUGGCUAUUGGAUCUGCAAAAAGCGUUGGCAGCCCUUGGGCCCACUUUAUUGCUUGGUCUGUGGAUUUGGUGGAUACUUGGCUGCCUCGGUGCACUGAAAAUCCUGCAUAUGAUAAUCACUGGUGAAAUCAAGGUCCCUGAGCCUAUUGUCAUCAUCGUAACUGUGAUCUUAAAAGUACUUAAGAAAAUAUUUCAAGAGUGGUUUCCCAGAGCUUUCCAAGCGUGCAGUGCCUGCUGCGAGAAGUGUGUGUCGUGUUGCGUUGGCUGGUCACUCUGUGUGGUGACUGCUGGUAAAAGCAGGAAAGAAGAGGCUGUAGUUAGGAAAGUCGGUACUGGAUGGAGAAUUCCUCCGAACUGUGACGGCAUGUGUAAGGGGGCCAAGUUAACACGACGGAGGCAUCGGAAGCUAAUGAGAGUCAACAAGAGGAAGGGAAUGAAGAAUGAGACGCCGUGGUAUCAAAAACCAUACAAAUGCACCUGCAAAGUCAAGGAAAAUAUGGCAUGCCUGAAGAUAAUUAAGGGAAUGUUUUUCUUUUAUUACUGCCUUCUCCUCCCCCUCAUCUGGACCCUACACUACCUCUUUAUAUUUGUCAAGAGAAAGUGGAAGCGUCACAAGAGAAAGAAGAACUUUAGAGUGGAGCGAGCAUCUGGAAACCAGGCCGAGGACCAGGCCUACCUGCAACUGGACAAGUACAGCAGAGGCAAAAUUGAGAGGGAAAUUAUUGAAUUUGAUGCAGAGCUGAGGAAAGAAAGAAAGGAGAGAGUAAAAACGGAGAACAUUGGCUUCAAUCCAGAGGAUGCAGUUGAGCUCCUGGAGUCAUCACCAAAUGCCACAGACAGUGAUGAAGAGGGUGGGAAGAUAUAUGCAUCGAGUGAGAUACAGUCCAGUGACACGUCAGACCCUGAUGAGGCUGGAGACGUUGAUGAGCUGUUGACACAGGAACACCCGGUCUAUUUCAACUACCCCAUUGCUGACAAUCUACCACCAUCAAUGAAAAAUGUCGGCAAGAUGCUGAGUGUACGAGGUAGACUGAGAACGUCAGAGAAGUCAUCGCGCAGCUACCAGUUUGACCUCUAUAAGUACACAUACCAGGUUAAGGAGGUGAAACAUGGGAAGGUACGAUUGUUGAAACCUCCCAAACUCCUCACAAGCCUCAAAGAGUUUGAGCAUUCACUGGACAGAGAGCAAGCCCUCAAGCUGGUCACAAUAGCUCCACUGUUCCCUUGUUUAAAUGAUACCACAUUAUACGUUAUCAAACAGACUGACAAACACUCUAAGGACACCACUUAAUCAGCAUUAUAUAUAAUUAUCAUUGUCACAAACAAUUUUAUUUGCAUCAUAAUAAUAAUCACAAGAUACAAACGUGCACA